ACAGCAACUUGAUCACACCAAAAGAGGUAUUAUAUUAUAUUAUAUCUGUCUUUAUGCGAACACAGAAAGAGUAUACUGACGGCCAGGUAGAAACAUCUGUUGCACUCGACAACUGGUUUACAUGGCCGACUGUUGGCAGGGACAGUCCUCUAUAGGAGGCCCGGGAUGGAUGCACCAAGGAUUUCAACCGUACAAGCAGCAAACGGUGGCCGAUCAAAUAGCAUGGGCCUUGUCCCGGAUACGGUCAUCUCGAAUCUUGAAGCCUCGUAGUGCAGGCAAUAGUCCCCAUGCGACUGGGCGACGAAGGACGACAGUUGCCCACGGGCCUAUGCAGCAAUAUCGUCAGCGACACAGCCAGGUGUACCGGACACCAAUUGAUGAUGCUCUUUUUUCAUCUGCUUAUCAACAAUGUCGUCCGAUGAGCUGGCAUCCUACUUCUCAGCAAGCCAUGGUGUACAACAAUAUGAGCCGUGCAACUUACCCGGCCCCAGCCAAUGAUAUUUCGCAGAUGCCGCAGCCUGUCGUCCCUUCCACCAACGGCCUGGAGAAUCUAUCGUCAUAUCCUAUCACAGGAGAUUCUAUACCGGACACCGAUUUCUCCACCUUUCAACUCUAUGGAGCGUCUUCCGGAAACCCGCAGUGUGCCUUCUCACAGCUGAACAACAGCUCCUCGGUUGACCCAGUCUCCUGGAACAUGGAUCCUUCUGGAUUCUCUUGUCCACCGCAGGAAUCCACUCAGGGAUGGGCGCUUGACGGAAUGCCUCUGGCAGAUGGUGUGCCUACGUCUUAUAUUGGGGAUUUCGGUCAGGAGAGCGUGCAGUCCUCGGAUGACUUUACCGGCCCGCCAACUCCCAAUUUUCUGCCCAUCCAGCAUUUCCCCGUCGAUUCUGAUCCGUGUCCUGAUUUGACGUCUAAACCUGCAUCUUCAGGCGAUGAACUUGUGGGGGUAGGGCUGUACGAUGAGCCUGACACGUCACUUGUGUCAGACCAUUCUAUGCUUAGAGGACUCAAUGAAUUUCAGGGUCCCAAGGGCAAAGGACUGAAAUUGGAGGAGACCUUCACCCCAUCCGAUGACGAGGAAGAUGGUGAAGAAGCUGAGGGUGGAGGCGACGAGGAGACCAAGGAAAGCGAAGGCAAUGAAGCUGGUUCCCACCGAACGGACAGCCAGCACAGUCAGCAGGAAAGAGAAAUGUUCGACCAGUCCGUCAACGCUGCUACGAACAUGCUGGGCAAAUCAUUCUUAUUUGACGAGCCCGAAGACAUGAUGAUGGUCACUUCGCUACCGGACUGUCCACAGAUGAUGGGAGUCUCUGAGAUCCCAUGCAGCAAUCUGGGUUACGGCUGGAUAUAGAUUUUGGGUGAUAUUCUUUUCACGAGCCACAGCACGGAGUUUUGGGUUUAUGGGGC